AUGUCCGUCCCUUCUGCCACCAAGGGUGGCGAGCUGUUCGUCCCGUACCGCGCCGUCGGCCUCGUCUCUGCCGGGCUGCCGGUCGCGGUCGUGCAGCACGGAGGCGAGACGUUCGUGACAGCGUCGCUCGGCCGCACGUUCCAGAUUUACAACUGCGCCAAGCUGCGGCAGGUCUUCGUGGGGCCGUCGCUGCCGGCAGGCAUCACCGCGCUCGGCGCGCACGAUGACUACACCCUCGUCGCCUGCGGGACCGCCGUGGUCGUGUACAAGCGUGCGGAGCUGGUGGCAACGCUCGAGGGCGAGCACACGGCACCCGUGCGGCACCUGCUCGCGAUGGGCUCGAGCGUGGUGUCGGUCGACGCGACUGGGCUGCUUGUCGCCUGGCAGCUCCCCUCGGGGGAGGUCGCCGGCCGCCUCCACCCUGGAUUUGCCGCCAGCGCGCUCUGCCACCCGGCCACCUACCUCAACAAGCUGUGGAACCUCCGCUCGAGCAAGCGGGUGCACGAGUUCGAGCACGGGUGGAGGGCGGCGGUGACGGCGUUCGAGCAGGACGUGCGCUGCCUCGCCUUCCGGACCGACGGCCAGCCGUGGCUCGUCUCCGGCGCCGCCUCGGGCGCGCUCCAUGUCUGGCACCUCGAGCGGCGCGCGAUUGCUUUCUCUCGAGAGGAGAGAGCGAGAGCCGAGCCCGAGGGGGCACCAGAGGGACGCCCGUGCGCGCACGAGGGCGGCGUCGCCUCGUGCCACUUUCUGCGCGGCCGUCCGGAGCUGCUCACGGCGGGCGCCGCCGACAAUUCUCUCCGCAUGUGGUCGAGCGACCUACACUCUGGCGAGCUCUCUGCGCUGCGCGGCCGCGCGGGGCACGCGGCGCCGCCGACGCUCGUCCGCUUCCACGACGACGAGCUGCACGUGGGCGGCGGGCCGGGCGGGCAGACGCACCUCCUCUCCGCAGGAGGCGACCGCACGCUGCGGCGCAGCUCCAUCUGGUCGGCGCAGCAGGACUGCGAGCUGUCGCAGGGGCGCGAGACGAAGCGGCGCUCGAUGCACGAGACGAGCGUGCGGGAGCGGCGCCUGCCGCCGGUCCUCGCGCUCGCAUCGGCGAAUGUGGUCACGUGCCACGCCGGCAGCCCGGUCGCCUACAGCUGGGACACGACCACAAAGGCGCUCGCGCCGCACACGCUCGCCGCGCGGCCGGCGGCGCCCAUCACCGCCGUCGCCAUCUCGGCGUGCGGCAACUUCGCCUUUCUCGGCUCGGCGAUCGGAGCCAUCGACAAGUACAACUUGCAGUCGGGCAAGCCGCGCGCCGCCGCCGCCGCCGAGGAGCGGCACGAGGGCGCAGUCCGCGGCCUCGCCGCGGCGGCUGACGGGCGCACCCUCUUCUCCUGCGGCGGGGACGGGACGCUGCGCCUGUGGGCGCCGGCCGCCCUCAAGCUGCAGUCGACGGCGGACGUCGGGUGCGCGUGCGGCAUGCUGCGCCACAAGCGCGACUCGACCCUCGUCGCCCUCGCCGCCGACGACCUCUCGGUCCGCGUGAUGGACGCGGUGGCGCUGCGGCUCGUGCGGCGGCUCGAGGGGCACACGAACACGCUCACUGACGUCGCGUGGGGCGCCGACGCGCGCUGGGCGUGGACCUGCCGAGCGCCCGCCCCUCCCCUGAGGGAGUCGGUCUUGGCAUUUGACAGGCGCGUCGUCGACGUGCCGUCCGGCGCGCUCAUCGGCUGGUACUCGUUUGAGUACGCGGCGACGUCGAUCACCGUCUCGCCCGGGGGUGAGUUCCUCUGCACGGCGCACGUCGACAGCCAGGCCAUUUGCGUGUGGGCGUCGCGGCCGCUCUUCGAAGAGGAGGGCGGCGGCGCGCUGCCCUCGCUCUCGGAGAAUGAGUCGCAGCUGCACCCUCGCCUCUUCACCCUCUCGCGGCUGCCCGCGUCGCACGUGAACGCGCUCGUCAACCUCGACGCGAUCAACGAGCGGAACAAGCCGGUCGAGCCGCCAAAGAAGCCGGCGCUCGCGCCCUUCUUCCUGCCCUCGCUUGACGGCCUGCUCGCGUCUGCGGCUCCGGCGCCGGCCGAGGCCGAAGAGGGCGACGGGCCAAAGGCGAAGCGCGCGCGCGCGCGGCGGAUGCGGGAGCAGGGUCUCGGCGCACACUCGGCGCUCUGCGCGCUUCUGCUGGCAGCCGAGCCUCAUUUCAGCGAGGCGGCGGCGGCGACGAGCGCCGUGACCGACUACUUGCUCACUCUGGGGCCGUCGGCGCUCGACCUCGAGAUCCGCGCGCUCGGGGAGGACGACUCCGGCCGGAUGCUCGUCCUCGCCCUCGCGCUGCUGGUGCGGCAGCUGCAAACGCGGCGCGACUUUGAACUCGUGCAGGCCAUUCUGCACGUGCUGCUGCGGCUGCACGGCGAGGCGCUCCUCACCACGCCGGCGGCGAUGCCGGCGUUGCGCGCGCUGCGCGAGCACCAGCAGGCUGGCUGGUGCGAGCUGCAGGAGCCCAUCCACUCCAACCUCUGCUUGCUCGCUUUCAUGUCGAAUUGCGCGAGCUGA